AUGUCCGAAAUUCGCAGGAAGCUCGUCAUCGUCGGUGAUGGUGCUUGCGGAAAGACCUGUCUUUUGAUCGUCUUCUCCAAGGGAACCUUCCCCGAGGUUUACGUCCCCACCGUCUUCGAGAACUACGUCGCCGAUGUAGAGGUCGAUGGCAAGCACGUCGAGCUCGCCCUCUGGGAUACCGCCGGCCAGGAGGACUACGAUCGUCUCCGCCCCCUG